CGGUCCUUUCCGUCGGCCGGCCCGGGCCCUCUCUUUGCCCACCAGCGCCAUCUUGAGAGGCCAGCGGCGGAUUUGUUGUCCGCCGCGCCGUCGUCGGGGCUCCCCGGAGGCCUCCCGCCCCGCACCCCCGCGCGGAUUUGGCCUGCGGCGAGCCGGGCGCGGCUGUGACCAGGCCUGGCUGGAGGGCUGAGGAGGGAGAGGAACCGCCGCCGCCAUGGAGGACGAAAUGCCCAAGACGCUGUAUGUGGGGAAUUUGUCAAGAGAUGUUACCGAAGCCCUAAUUCUCCAGCUCUUCAGCCAGAUUGGACCAUGCAAAAAUUGCAAAAUGAUCAUGGAUACAGCUGGAAAUGAUCCAUACUGUUUUGUGGAGUUCUAUGAGCAUCGACAUGCAGCUGCAGCUUUAGCGGCUAUGAAUGGACGGAAGAUAAUGGGUAAGGAGGUCAAAGUGAACUGGGCAACAACCCCCAGCAGCCAGAAGAAAGAUACCAGCAGUAGUACCGUUGUCAACACACUGCGUUCACAAGACCACUUCCAUGUCUUUGUUGGAGACCUCAGCCCAGAAAUUACAACUGAAGAUAUUAAAGCAGCUUUUGCACCAUUUGGAAGAAUAUCGGAUGCACGGGUUGUUAAAGACAUGGCAACAGGAAAAUCUAAAGGAUAUGGCUUUGUUUCUUUCUUCAAUAAAUGGGAUGCAGAAAAUGCGAUUCAGCAGAUGGGGGGACAGUGGCUUGGUGGAAGACAAAUCAGGACAAACUGGGCAACACGUAAACCUCCAGCUCCAAAGAGUACAUAUGAGUCAAACGCCAAACAACUAUCCUAUGAUGAUGUUGUGAAUCAGUCCAGUCCAAGCAACUGCACAGUGUACUGUGGAGGUGUUACUUCAGGGCUAACAGAACAGCUGAUGCGCCAGACAUUUUCUCCAUUUGGGCAAAUAAUGGAAAUUCGGGUCUUCCCAGAUAAAGGAUACUCCUUUGUACGGUUCAAUUCUCAUGAAAGCGCUGCACAUGCAAUUGUUUCAGUCAAUGGCACAACUAUAGAAGGACAUGUUGUGAAAUGUUACUGGGGCAAAGAAACACCAGAUAUGAUAAAUCCAAUCCAACAGCAGAAUCAAGUGGGAUACCCACCGCCUUAUGGACAGUGGGGUCAGUGGUAUGGAAAUGCGCAGCAGAUUGGCCAGUACAUGCCUAAUGGCUGGCAGGUCCCUGCGUAUGGAAUGUAUGGACAAGCAUGGAAUCAGGGAUUCAAUCAGACACAGUCUUCUGCAGCAUGGAUGGGUGCAAAUUAUGGUGUGCCGCCCCCACCCCCACCGCCGCCGCCCCCACCCCAGGGGCAAAACGGAAGCGUUCUAACUAGUCAAACUGGAUAUCGAAUGGCAGGUUUUGAAACACAGUGAGAGGAACAGAGAAAGACUCUGGAAUAGAACAACUGGUGGCUUUGAGGCUAUAUAUGGAGCAUUGUAAAACCCUUUGUUUACUUAAAAAAAACCUAUCCAAUCAAGUCAGUGCAAAAGUCAGAAAACAGUAUUUAUUUUUAAUCAUGAAACUAUGUUGUCCACAUUUUUUUUAAAACACACACACAGGAAAUACUAGAUGCUGGAUAUCUGCCAACUUUUGCCUUCUUUUCCUCUUUUGAGAUGUGUUUCUUAAGAUCCUUGUUUGAAACACAACUAAUGCAGGGAUUUCUGCCACUUUUAGAUUGGGGCAGAAUAUUGCACAAUAUCAAACUUUUUUCCACUGAAGUAGUGUGCAGUUCUAGUUGCAUUCCUAGUAUGACUGAAAAUGUAUAUGAAAAGUUGUACAAAAACAAAACACGCCAAAACUGUGUGAGUUCUGAAGGUUUAUUGUGAUCUUCAGCUUGUGCACAAUUCUGUUCUAAAGAGAGCCUAUUGUAUAAAGUGUCCCAUCUCCUCACUUUUGUUAUACUGGGGUUUCAAAUAUAACUUAUUGGUUUACAUUAUUUUGUAUCUAGACAUUUUUCAAAAAGUGAUUUUUGCCUUACUGUCAGCUGUUAAAUUAUUAAAUGGAGGUGGCGGUGGGAAGUGGUGGUUGGCAGCAGUAGUUGUUCAGAGCUCUCCAACGGAUCCAACUCUUCCUGUUGUUAGACGUGAGAAGGUGCCUGGGAAAUCCCUGUUGGGUUUGUGCAAAGAUCUUCACCGAUGAACUUCAACCCAGUUUCAGAUAUUAUUAAAAAUGUGACACAUUCUAAUGAACCAGCUUUUCUAAAUCUCUCAGUUUUUACAUUUACAUGUAUCCUAUACCAUGUAAACUAUUUUAGCAAAUUAAUAUUUUUCACAAAAGUUGGUCAGCUUUUGUAUGUCUCCUUCUUUGAAAGGGUAAAAGGCAGAGAGGUCUAUGUGACUUAACGAGUAUGAUUCUAAACUUUGGCUUUUUGCAUGUGAAUAUCAAAUACAUUAUUAGAUUUUGAAUACACCAGUCAUGCUCUCAUUUUUCAAAUAUGUAGAGAAUACAUUGGUCUUAGCAACUUCUUACUCAAGUGGAGUAAAUUUGACUUGAUUUAGCAUGUACAGGUAGAGCUCUGAUUACUAGUAGCAUUGUGCGGAUCAGGCCAGGAGUAUGAGGAAUGCUCCGGUUAAGCCUGAAGGACCAGCUGGAUUAAGCAUUUUUAAUUGUUCAGAGGCCAAAAAAAACCUUGCUAUCCUACCUCCUUGACUUAGCCUUCAGAGAGUGCAAAAAAGAAAGCUACCCCUAGGUGUAAUAUUUAUUUAUCCCAGUUAAUGUCUGGGCCCAUGGAGGUGUAUGCUUUUUAUUCUGCAUUGGUUGUAGUGGAGCAAUGUAUCAAGGGAUUAUUGAGUUUAUGAUAUAUGGAGUAUCCUAUGACAAAUGUGUUUUAUGGAAAUAAGUGACCCUAUGAUAGAGGGUUGGCUUUGGAGAUGUUAAAAUCCUAUUUGUCUUGAUUUCAACCCCUCACCUUUGGGGAGUGUUCCAUGAUUUGCUGGGUGUGAAUGGUGUUCUAAAAUUUGAAAGUUUGCUACAAAUAUAAUUUGCAGUGGGAGGGGGUAGAGGAAAAGACAAAGGAAAACUUAUGGUGACUCUUGAGAAACUCUUGUCCCUGACUCUGUUUAACAACUGGAAUUCUGUAAAGGAAGCAGAACCAGAUGGCUUGAGUUCAGUGAAACCUGGCUGUAAAAAACAACAAUCAAAAACCAGUUUUUACCCUGAAAGCAGGGUCUGGCCCCCCAUAUGUUUAAAAAAGUGAAGUAUACUGAAAAGACAGCUUUAACUCAUAUACCACUCUUAUUUCUGCCUCCUUGCUGCCUUUUAAACUUGCAUAAACAUAUCUUUAAAAUUAUUUUUACCACCUCUGCCUGUACAAUUCUUUCAAAAGAGGACAGGAAUAGGUUUGAGGUGAGUUUGGUGCCGCACUGGAAUUUCUAUGUGUGUAUUUUCAGCAAUAGAACUGCCCAGGUUUAGUUGUCUUAAAUCAAAUUCCUGUCAUUGGAACUGUCUGAGAUACUGUUACCUAGUUUAAAAAACACACAAACAAGGCUUUUAAUAUUAUGUCAGUGCUGGUUGCUUUUCCCCUACUCUCCGUUUGGGCAUCCAGGAAAGAAAUGAAUUUCAGGUUGUUUUUGUUGAGCAUAAUUAAAGACUUAAAAUUCUAAAGUUCCUCAGACUUAGAAAUGCUUUGAGAAAAAUGAAUGGAUGAGGCCCUUCCAGUUAUACAAUUGUUACUGCUAAGCUACUUCUGACUAGGAUUUUUCAUACUUUUCUGGAGGUCACUUCUGCUACAUAAGCCACAUUAAAAACUAGUUGCUUACCAAGUGUCAGCCUCUUCUGCUGUAACGUCUCCAGUGGCCCUACAAAAAAAGUAGGUGAAGCAUUUGAGCCUAUUUCUUUCUCUCACUACUGCCCUUUUCCUUCUUGUGUUUAGUUUAAGCAGCCUUUCAGUUUUAAAAGGGAGUCUUCUUAAAAUACGGUAAAUGUAAAGGAGAGUAAUGCCCCAUACAGAUAACAAAGGAGGAUAAAGCUGCCUGGGGUAUUGUUUUUGGGUUAUUUUGUUUUUAAAAGUAGCAGCCCAUUUUUGUCUCUGUAUGAACAUUGAAAGCUUCGUUUGAACUAAUGUAUUUUGAUACUUGUGUUUAGAAGUUCAAGAACUUCACUCCAGAAACCGUGACUUUUGAAAGCCAUUAAGAUGUUAAUAAAAGAUGUGAGCUUGCGUAUUUCAUCCUUAA